CCGCACCCCGGCCCGCCUCAGGCGCGGGGGGCCGAGGCUGUCCCUGCAGGCCGGGGUGCCCGGGGAGGGAGCGAGGCCGACGAAGAGCCGCCCUCCUCCCUCCUUCCCUCCCGCACUCCACCCAGGAGCGAUCCAGUGAAAGCAGGAGGAGGUGAUUCUCCUCCUCCUUCUCCUUCUGCUUCCCUCCCUCCCUCCCGCCGCUGCUCCUGCUGGUGUGGAGGGGACUGCAGGAAUCUCCGCGCCGCGCCGAGGCAGGGCUGUGGGGGGACCGGAGCCGCGCUGUGGAGAGCGGGGGCCGCCCCCGGUCCCUGGCCAUGGGCAAGGACCAGGAGCUGCUGGAGGCUGCUCGCACGGGGAAUGUGGCUCUGGUGGAGAAACUCCUGUCUGGGAGGAAAGGAGGGAUCCUGGGCAGUGGAUCUGGAGCUAUUCCCUUAUCCAGCUUGCUGAGCAUCUGGCGUGGACCAAAUAUAAACUGCACAGACAGUUCAGGUUAUACUGCUUUACAUCAUGCAGCUUUAAAUGGACACAAGGAUAUAGUUCUCAAAUUACUUCAGUAUGAAGCAUCAACUAAUGUGGCAGAUAAUAAAGGUUAUUUUCCUAUUCAUUUGGCUGCCUGGAGAGGAGAUGUAGACAUUGUGAAGAUUCUCAUCCAUCAUGGGCCAUCACACUCCAGAGUGAAUGAACAGAACAAUGAAAAUGAAACAGCAUUGCAUUGUGCAGCUCAAUAUGGUCAUUCAGAAGUAGUUGCUGUUUUGUUGGAAGAGCUAACAGACCCUACAAUAAGGAACAACAAACUAGAAACACCUCUGGAUCUGGCAGCACUUUAUGGACGUCUGCGUGUUGUAAAAAUGAUCAUCAAAGCAUAUCCAAACCUGAUGAACUGUAAUACAAGAAAACACACACCUUUGCAUCUUGCUGCACGUAAUGGCCACAAAGCUGUUGUGCAGGUGCUUCUGGAGGCUGGAAUGGAUGUCAGCUGCCAAACAGAAAAAGGGAGUGCACUACAUGAAGCAGCCCUGUUUGGAAAGGUGGAAGUAGUACGCAUUUUGCUUGAAACAGGAAUUGAUACCAACAUAAAGGACAGUUUGGGUAGAACAGUUUUAGAUAUUCUUAAAGAACAUCCAUCUCAACAGUCACUCCAAAUUGCUGCUCUACUUCAAGAAUAUAUGGAAACAGGAAAUGCAAGUGUUUCAGAGGAACGCCCACUGGAAUGCGCAGAACAUCAGUCUUGCAUUUUGUCCCCAGAAGUUCCUCCAUCUCCAAAGGCUAAAAGUGAAGCUGUGACGGGAGAAUUAUCAAAGCUCUUAGAUGAAAUCAAAUUGUGCCAAGAAAAGGAAUACUCUUUUGAAGAUCUGUCUCAUACAAUAUCUGAUCAUUAUCUGGACAAUUUUAGUAAAAUAUCAGAGGAAGAACUUAUGACCAGUGGAAGCCAAACCAAGCUUAAUGUAAGGCCUGCUUCAACAUGUUUAUCAACAAGAGAGGAGGAAGAAGACGAUGCAGGUGAAAACACUUGUGGUCCUUCGGGUAUAUGGGAAGCACUGACACCUUGUAAUGGAUGCAGAAACCUUGGAUUUCCCAUGCUUGCACAGGAAUCUUAUUCAAAGAAGAGAGGUUAUGCAUUGGAAACGAUACCCUCUGCACCUCUGGAUGCAGUUCCUUCAGAAAAUGACAACAGUCUUUGUGAUUCAAUAGACAUAGCAGUGACCAAAAAGCCUUGUUCCCUAGAGAUAGCAAGAGUACCUUCCUCAAGACCAGAUAAUGCACCUCAGGUAGCAAUUACCGCACCAGGAUCUGGUAACCAUAGAAACAGCUCUACAGGCCCAACACCUGACUGCUCUCCUCCGUCACCAGACACUGCACUUAAGAACAUAGUAAAAGUUAUACGUCCUCAGCCCAAGCAGCGCACAUCAAUAGUAUCUUCUCUGGAAUUUCACCGAAUGAAUCACAGCCAUGACUACUUCGAAAUCAACUCAUCCGUUGCCUGUACAAGUUUUAUUUCUACUCCUGCAAUCAGUCCACCUAAUUAUUCCUUUGGAUCUCUGGAAGACAGCGUUGAAGAGAGAGAACUUACAGAGCGUCUUUGCCAUGGAGAGACAUCUACUGAAAGUGAUCUUCCUGAAGGACACCCCGCUGAGCAGUUUGCAGGUUUACUUCAUGGAUCAUCACCUGCAUGUGACCCACCUGAUAACCCACUCCAGCUGUACAGCAAAACAAACCAGUGCAGUAGUCCACUGGAGAAAAACAUUUUGAGCAAGAGCACAGUGCAGCAGAUACAGCUACGGAAAGAAAACAACCCUGAUCCUCCUGUUAAGAAAAAAAAGCCACAGGUUGUAAACAGAACCAUAUUUCAUACUAAAACUAAACCAGUGGAAAACCAUACACUGGUUGGCACAUCAACAAGGAUAAGUGAACAGUGGGUUAUUACUACUGGAGGAUUUGUUGAGCGAGCAUGCACACUUGGGAGAAUACGAUCUUUACCAAAGACUUUGCUUGAAAUGCAUUUGUACAAAAAUGUUUCAAAAUCUGAUUCUAAUCUUAUCACCCAUCCUCCAAGUGACAAAAAAGCAAGAAGCAACUGGAGUGAACCCACACCAAAUCAACAGUGCUCUAAAGGAAAUUCUGAAAGAACACCUUCCUUCACAUCAGAAUGGGAAGAAAUUGAUAAAAUCAUGAGUUCCAUAGAUGCUGGAAUUAAUACUGGUCUGGGGGAAAUGAACGAUCACGUUACAAGACCCCGAUGCCCUGUCCAGACAGUGGGACAAUGGUUGGAAAAUAUUGGGCUACCUCAGUAUGAAAACCACUUGCUGGCUAAUGGAUUUGACAAUGUGCAAUUUAUGGGAAGCAACGUAAUGGAAGACCAGGAUCUCCUGGAAAUAGGAAUACUUAACUCUGGACACAGACAGAGAAUACUCCAGGCAAUCCAGCUUCUCCCAAAGCCAUUUGUUGCAUGUGCAAAGGUGGCAUAA